GCAGGUUUGCAAAUAAUUCUAUCGUAGAAGAAGAAGCUGGAGGCAAUUCAGGAGGCAUGAAGCGAACCAUUCAUGUGCAGCAGUGUGUUUUCUAGGCUAAAAGUUGGCUUUAAAUGUUCCUGUUUCGUGUCAUGAGCACUGACUGAUGUGACUGAUUGCAUCCGCUGUAGCUGCAUUUAUCGCUGUUUGUUCUUAUCACAGGACUUUUAACUUCGAGCCCAGAGGAGCAGAAGAAGACAGGUCGGUUUGAGCCUCACAUUCAGCUUUGCUACAACUUUAUGCCGUUUGCAAGGUUCAUUAGCAGAAGCAUGUCCUCUUCUCUUCGUCGUCACGUCGUCUGGGAGUCGGAGGGGCUGGUGGCCUACCUCCACCCCCGGCCCUGGACCCCCGGCUCUGUGAUUCUGGAGAGCAGCAGCCCUGGCAGCCCAGGAGGCAGCAUCUUCCACUUGCAGGAGGCAGAGUAUUUAUCCUGGCUGCUGGGGGCGAGAGCUGUCGCUGAGCUGCUGUGUGAGAGGCUGAAGGUCCGGAGGUGUGCGUUGGUCAGCAGACCUCACAGAGAAACACCUGCUCAGAUCCGUAUCCUCCCCCUGCAUGGUCUGGAUGCAGAGUGGCGCCCUCACCUGGCUGGAGAAGAGGAGCACAACGAACAUGACCUGGGCUACUGCACCUCCAAGACUGCCCCUCGAUGGAGCGACUCCAGACUCACUGAAAUCCAGACUAGGAUUCGAGCCGAGCUCCCCUCCCCUGACGCCUCACCUGAUCUGACUUUCCUCGGGGACGAUCCAGCUCACCCCGGCCUGUUCUCUCGUAUUGUUCGUGGGGAGGAGCAGCAGUGGCGGGUUUGGGAGGACAAAAGUCACGUGGCCUUUCUCACUCCGUUCCCCAACUCUCCAGGCUUUACUGUGUUGGUCCCACGCCGACCUCUGACUUCUGACAUAUUCAGACUAGAACCAGGCGACUAUGAAGGCCUGGUGUUGGCUGCAAAGAAGGUGUCACGACUCCUUGAGGAGGGAUUGCGUGCCUGGGGGGUGGGGCUUAUUUUUGAGGGUUUUGAGAUUGACUAUGCUCACGCCAAGUUGAUUCCAUUGUUUCUGCCUCCGUCAUUAGGGGCAGAAGGAAACGCCACUAAACCACCGUCUCCCCAGUUUUACCCCACUUACCCUGGAUAUGUAACUUCAGAGGAUGGACCUAAAGCCAGUGUGGACAGUCUCAAGGAGAUGCACGCUAAAAUAACUCAGAUUUAAUGCUGUUAUAUACAAUUAGAUUCCUACUGAGGUAACAAAUGAAACCUUUCAUUUUGUCAUUCCCAUCAUCGUCGCCGUUUUAACUGUGAUCCCCUGGUAUUAGAUUUAAAUUAAAAAUUAAAACGUUACACAUUUUUGGAAGACAAACAUUUGAAUAGAAAUUAAACCUCUAAUUAAUAAAAAUACAAAUGAGACCAUCUUUAUCAUUUACAACGGACUGUAUCUAUGAUGUAUUCAAAUUAGAUUUCUCAUCGUCUUUUUGAUAAGUUUAUUAAAGUAUCUGUAUAAAAUCCACAACUCUGCAUGGAAAUCCUUACACAAAUAUCCUGUAAGAUGACAAGCACAUGUACACAUUUCUAAUUUAAUAAGCUUGGAUCAAAAUAAAGGGUUUUUAAUUUCUAAAUUCUGUUAACCAAUUCAGAGACUAUAUCAAACAAAAUUCUUAAAAGGGAGGUAAUUCUUUAAUCAUGUCGUCUUUCCACAGCAUAUUGUCAGUCCUUUAUUAAUGACAGUGUGUUUAGGUUGUUAACUAACCUAAUCUACAUGUCAGCUCAUUACCCUGCAACUAAUUGGUCCCACUGUGCAUGUCUGGUAAUAGGGCUGAUUUAAAAACUGACUAAAUGCUUCAUCAGUGCUCUGUAAAGCAGACACCGCCCCUGGCUGUCAUUAAAACGGAUUAAUAGAUGUUUAUGUUAACGAGAGGGUUUCGGUUACUGGUUGCUAUAGGAGGAGCAGAGAAGGAAACAGACUCUUUAAGUAAUGGUACGCCCUGGAAUAAAUGACGCCCACUUUAACCAACAGCCUCUUCUUUUAUACUCACCCCCUCCAGUCACUGAUUGUACUCCUAGAACUGUAUUACAUAGUGACAUAUUCAGAAGUUUUUUUUUUCGGCAAAAAUAGUAAUUUUCUACCUUAAACUGGCUUCUUGGGUGUAACUACACCGCUGCCUCCUUUGUCGUGUGCAGAUCUAUUUAGUUUGAGUCUCUUUCUCCACUCAGUUGCUCGUCAUCAGUAGACUGCAGUUUUAAGAUGGAAAUUCUCCACCACGGCUGGACUCAUUGUACCACACAUAAAUGUGUCUCUUAGCAUAUUACAAAAACACACAAAAACUAGUUUUUCUUCUGAAAAGGGCAGCCCAUAUUUUCCCUAAGAGUUUAAAGUUUUAUGCUGGACAACAACAUAUGUAAAAGAAAGACUGUGUUAUCAUAAUUACAUGUUUAGGAUAAAUGUUAAAAUCAGUUAUUUAUUGUGUUGAAAACGGCAGUAUCUACCAACAAAAUGUGUGUUUAUGUUAAUUAGCAAUUGAAAUACUUUAGAUUUAGAUAUCUGACUUAAAAAGACUUUGAAUAACCAAAUCAAACCUGCAGGAAUUCCUCUUUAUAGUCAGGAACAUUAGCUUUAGCUUUAGAGACUGGGAGGUUUCAUGCUACUCCAGAGAAGGACAGACUUUUUCUGUGCAAUUUAGGUGAAGUUGAGAAUGAGGUUCAUUUUGUGUUUUAAUGUCCCGUAUACGAAGAUGUAAGAGAGGUGCUUUUUUAGUAAGAUGUUCUCUGUUUAUUUUGAUUUCUUUUGGUUGGAUGACCAUGAAAAAAUACAGUUGUGUUUUAGAAGAGGAACCUUUUCAUGGCAGAAUUUCUUUUCCAGGCCUGGGAUAAAAGGCAACAUAUUUUGUUUAAGGACUGAACAGCAGAAUAUUGUGUUGUUGUGGAUGUAUUGUUGCAAUGAUGGUGUAUUGGUGUCUUGUAAACCCAUGAGGGUUGGGCACGCUUGUGUGCAUGACACGGAAAUAAACAAAUCAAUCAAUCGAU